CUGAAAAGGCGGGAACACGAAAUACCUACCUACAACUUUCUUUCCGUUAGCUUUGAAUCGGUAAAAUGAAUAGUUUAGUCAAUUCAAAUUUUAGCAGGACCUAUAAUCCCAGUGGUAGACCUAAUGCUUUGACUAACAUAAAACGAUUGCUAACAUCGCGUGAUACUGUUGCGCAAAGCAAAGCUUGUACGUCUUUGGCCGACGUAGUAAGUCGAUACAAACCACAUUCAAAUGAACGCAUUCGUUUGGUGGAAUAUCUCUUGGAUAAUGAUAUUACAGUAUUCCUGUGUGAAGCCACAUCUAAUCUGGAUUUGGGUCUCUUUCGAUCGGUGUUAUCAUGUUUUCGUCUUUUAUGGCGAGAGCCUCGUUAUUUUUCCGAAGAGCACGCGGCGUACUCGAUGACUGCUGUGCUAAGGGCCCUGGCACACUACUCCAACAGCGGUUCACAUGGCGCUGUUAAAUAUUGUCUUCAUUUUCUUUGCGAUUUACUGACCGGGGUCAGCUCUCAUGAAACCGCCCCAGCGUUGUCCCACCAAAGCGCUUACAGCGCUGAGCAGCUUCUAGCGUGCUUACUGAAUCUGGCCCCUAGAAUAAGCAAUCGUAAAGAAAGCAUACUGUCUAGCGCGUUAGUGCUGCAAGCGCUUGUUGCUUACCAGCCGUCAGGACUCCGCAUCAGGGGUAGCACAGCGAGUGCACUCACAGAGGUGUUGGCGCAGUGGUUCGCUUUACUCAUGGGCUCUCUGAACCACUCCGCACUGGUGGGCGACGCGAGCGACGUCUCUGCUAUGUUCUAUGCUGUGACUUGCCAACUCGGCAUGGAUGUUUUACGACUAAUAAAACACAUGCGGUCUGAUGCGCCGACUGCGGACUUCGUGCAGAGCAUCCUGGUGGAUGAGGCCGAGACGACUGCACUUCGAGAAAGUAGCUCCAAAAUGAUACAGUGCAUCCACAAAGUCAUUGUUGAACUUGUUGAUUUUACUAAGGAGAAUCAAUCACAAAUGCCUACCGAAGAGUACGGGGUGUUUCUGAAGUUCCUUCUGGCAUUCCUGUCGGCUGAAGAGUCGAAGCACUUCCGAGACUUCUGCGAUAUGUUGUUUGGCAAUGGCUACCUGAAAAUGCUACCACAAGUUCAGAUUAUUAGGAAAGAUGUAGCGAUUCGCAAAGUGAGCACCCUAGUUCUGGGUGAAAUACUGAAAGUUUUAGCUCAGAAACACUUGGACAUUGAAAGUGAUACCGAUUUAGAUGAAGACAGGCGAGUUAAAGAUAUCCAUAUGGGUCUAAUGGAGCUACAGUACGGCAUCGAGAGGCCUCAAACACUAGGACUGCAGCUGCAGCAGGGCCGGCCCUACAGCCUGCUCAUCUACAUCUACUUCUACUGCCAGUCUUCUGAUAAUCCCGAAGAAGCGACGGCCCCACUAUUGCCCUACUUGAUAGAGCAUAUUCUGAAGCUCCCGCGGAACUUCAAACCGCCGAAGUAUAUCAUCAAAGCUUUGUGGCUUGUUUUUGCUAUGGCAACAAUAUCGAACACCUCCCUAGAGUCAUUCAAGGAACGGAUCCUUCUAGAGCAAGCCACGGAGCGGUUCACAGGCCUCCUGCUACCGACGCCCAGUGUGUACUACACGCACAACCCCGCCUUGCUUCUGUGGACAUUCACUUCUAGCAGGAUUGUAGCUACUGUUAGAGUGGAAGUGCUGUCCCAAUGGCUUCAAUCCGAAGACUCGCUACCCACAGAACUGGCAUCAGAACCCGUAGUGUGGGAUCUACUACUGAACGUGCUAGUACAGAGCAAGAGCAAAGAGGUACAGUCGAACGCAGUGAAAUGUCUCCACAUGUGCAUAGAGGAGGGAGAUGAGGAAGUAAGGGAGGAGUUCGCAGGGUCUCUGUGGCUGAUGCUACCCGGGGUACUGUCGGAGGCGCUAAUUGAUUAUGAGUGUCAGACUGAAACAAAUACGUGUCACUUGCUAGAGCUAGCAACCACUCUGGUACCUACAAAAGUAGACGAGAUGUUAUGCGUUAAAAUAGCAGUUCUACUAUCAACGAUAUUCUCCAAGCAGAGAGAGCCGAGUGAAGACAGGGCAAACUACGAGUAUGUGAGCUUGAAGCUAGCCCUGUAUUUACUGGGGUUCUCCUUCAAUCAGAAUGGUAAUCGAGUGCUAACAGCAUACGUGCAGCGAGCGGGCUUCUUGCCGCGCGUACUGACUGCGUCCACCAGUGCAGACCACAGGGUCGCCUGCGCCGCGCUCACACUGCUGUCUUAUGUCGUGCACUUCUUCACUAAGUGCCACUUUCAGCCCACAUCCAUCCUAGAAGUGUCCACAGUGUCAGUAGUGAAGUCGCUCCGCCACGACAGCAGCUCCGAGCGAGGCGCAGCACUACUGCAGCUAGUCUACACAGUGCUCAACACGCAUGCGCGCGCGCCGCUAGUGAUGUCCUACCACGUGGGGGACGUAGUGACGGGACACGCGUAUGUUGCGUUGCGGGCUCUUAUGUUCCGCGUGCAGAUGCUUUGUUGUAAGGAAUCCACCAACCAAUCAGCUGCUGGCUGGAAAACCUUAAGUUCCAUAUUCAAACACGCAAUUGUUUCGAAAAAUGACACAGUUUUAGUGGCAAAACUGACCACCCAACCGUGGACCCAUACACUCACACAUUUCCAGUUAACUCAGAGACAAAUAACCAACGAAUUCUUAACGUUUUUGAAUAAUUGGCUGACGUUGCUGAAAAUAACGAUAAACAAAAAUCAAAAUGGCCGCAAAAUUACAGUUUUUCAGUCAAGUUUGAUGACGAAAACUGUAAUAAUGCUGAAGAAGUAUGUUGUUGUUAGUGAAAAUGAUGAGUUGAAGGAACUGAAGGAAAAGCUCUUAAAUACAGUGCAAGAGAUGAUAAAUGAAUCGGAGUACUUGAUGAAAAUUCUUAUUAAAGGGCGAAGUGUUUAUUGA